UAAAUUUAGUAAUCUUUUUAAUUGAUAAAUUACAUGAUGUAUAGCCAAUAGAUGUUUAGAAAACAAAUAAGGAAAAAUAUGACGUGGAGAUCAUGAUAAGCUGAAACACAAGAUUCUCCUUAGCUCAAUUCAACUCUGACUGAUUAGUCUCUCUCAUAUGCAAUUAAGCCCUAAAAUAUCAUUAUUUCCUUUUUUUUCUUCUAUCCCUUUCUGAUCUCUAGCUAUCUCUCCCUGUGUUCAUGUUCACAAGCAUAUAGUCUCUCCAAACGAUUGUUGAUUGAAGUUGAAGAUGAAAGACUUUGUGAUUGAUGAUGUUGGUAAUGCAGACUCCAUAAUGGAUAGUGAUGAUGAUGAUUGCAGAAGGUUUAUGGUGAAUGCAGUUACUAAGCAUCACACUCCAACCAUGUUUCAAGAAACUGAUGUUUCAGUUAUUUCUCUUGACGAUGAUGAUGAUGGUGAUCUCAAGAUUGAUGAGGACUACAAGUUGUUACUUGAUGAUAACAGUUUAGUCCCUCCCUUUGAAGACGACAGUAAAGAAUCUGAAACUCGUAGACUCAGAUUCAACAUGGUUACUAAUGAUGCAAACAGAUCUAAGAGGAAGAUAGCCGAGUUAGAGGCUGCAAGUGCUGUUCCUUUAGCUAGUAACAUGUCAGAAGAGUCAACAGAAGAUGAUGAGGCUUUAUGGGAUGUUCCACUGAUUAGAACCCUAGACGUCAUCAAACGUGACAACGAAGCUAGAAAACUGGCAGAGUCAACUUCAUGGGAUGUUCCAUUGGUUAAAGCCCUAGAAAUCAUACAAAGAGACAACAAAGCUAGGAGAAUGUCAGAGACUUUAUGGGAUGUUCCGUUGGUUAGAGCCCAAGAAGUCAUCCAACGAGGCAACAAAGCUAGGAGAUUUCUAGAGUCUAAGGUUGAUGACACUUUACGUGAUGUUCCAUUGGUAAGAACCAAAGAAGUGAAGCGAGUACAUAGAGUUACAGAGCCUUCAAUGACACAAAGCAACAAAAGAGUUUGUGUAGGGACAAGGAAGAAGAAUGUGGAAGAAGUUGUGGAUAAGGACUACAGGAGUUACCUCACAUGGCUUGUAGACUCCUUUAAACAUCCCACAACCGUUGUCCCUGAAAAGGAUCUAUCAGCAAAAGUAAAGGUUGAGAUUGAGUCUUGGUCUUCUGAUGAUGAUGAUGAUGAUGUAAUUGAGGUUAGUGAUACUCCAUUCACAGAUGGAGAGAGUACACCUUUUGUGGUGUCCAAGAGCAAGGAAGUGAUUGAUCUUGAGAAAGAUGAUAGUACAGAUGAUGAAAGUUUUGGUAGUUGUGUGUUUAGAAAGGAGCUAAUAGAUGUUCUUGAGAAACCAUACGAUGAAGGAGAGCUGUUGUUGUUGUCUAGUCAGGCAUCAAUGAAGAAACCAGUGAGUAGAUGUAGAGAGCUGAGAAAGGGAAGAGAGAGUAGCUAUGAGACUUCUGAGCUGGGACAGUCUUAUCUCGAGAAGGUCUGUGAUUUCGAUGAAGAAUACAAGCGUGUGGAUGGUGAUGAUAAGGCGAGGUUGGAGUUGCUGCGUGGGUUUUUCUUUUACUUGGAGAAUAUUUCUCUUCCUGGUGCUUUCAAGCCUUGGUUACCAGAGAACAUGAAGAAGAUGGGACAAAGAAAGCAAUCUUUGCAACCAUAAGAAGAUGGUUGGGUCAAUCUUUUGGUUAAACUGUUGUAUGUUUUAGAAUCGAAUCAGGGCUGCUUCUCUUUUAUUUUGUUGUUGUUGGAUGACAAUCUGAUUCAGAGUAGUUGCUUGUCUCCCAAGAAUCUUGUUUUCUUGAGCAAUGUCUCAGUGAGGACACUGAGUUCAAAAGCUUAAUCAAAAAAAAAAA